AUGGAUACCCGUAAGGAAAGCAAGGUAAGAAGACAACCCAUGAAACCCAAAACGACGAAGCCAAAGGAGAAGAAAUACAAAUCUGGUAGGUUUACUAGACGGAAAUCGCUUCGAUCUUUUGGGAAUUUCAUGGGAAGGAUCCUUAAAACUUUGGGCACUUUAGCGCACUUUGGCGACGCGGAACAGCAGGACGCAGAAGACGACGACGGCGGUUUCGGGCAAAGCGCGUCGGGUGGUUUUAAAGAUAACUGUUCGCAGAUCUCCAGGGAAGGAACCGUAAAGAAGAGCUCCACGGUUUCGUCCAUUCACGGCUCGGUGAAAGACAGGCUGUCGUGGUGCUACGGCGACAAGACCCCGGGAGUGCUGGGACUGAAGAACCACGGCAACACCUGUUUCAUGAACGCCGUGGUUCAGUGCCUCAGCAACACGGACCUCCUCGCCGAAUACCUCGGGUUGGAGCAGUAUAAGUCGGAUAUUUGCCUCCAGAGGGUGAACGGGGAGUUGAGAGGAGCGGAGUCGCAGACCGCCAGGGGAGAGGUGACAGAGCAGCUGGCGUCGCUGGUUCGAGCGCUUUGGACGCUGGAGUACACGCCGCAGCUGUCUGUGGAGUUCAAGAGCAUUGUGGCCAAAUAUGCAUCUCAGUUUCGUGGAAACUCUCAGCAUGAUGCCCUCGAGUUCCUCCUCUGGCUUUUAGAUAGAGUUCAUGAAGAUGCCAAUUCCAGCCCUGACAACAACAACAGCAGCACCAAGACCAAAGCCAAUGCCAAGGUAAGUCUGCGUCACCGGUUUUUACUCAUCCGCCUUGUCUGGUUUGAAAUCAUUGUUUGUUAUUCAG